ACUUGAGCCUGAGAGCCUGAAGGCCGAUCGAAAGGGCAACCGAGAAAUAAAGCCCUCGUCAGAAUUUUUUGGUGUGUGAAUGCAUUGAACCUCUAUCAUCGGACUUUUGAUCCAGCACGACAACGACAAUAUCGACGCCGACUUUUCAAGAUGCCGUCCCAAAAGUCAUUCCGCACCAAGCAGAAGCUUGCGAGAGCCCAAAAGCAAAACAGACCCAUCCCACAAUGGAUCCGUUUGAGGACUGGUAACACCAUCCGAUACAACGCAAAGAGACGUCACUGGAGAAAGACUCGUAUCGGUCUUUAGAUGCAUUACCUUUCAACAGCAAAACAUUCCAUCUUCUCCUCAACCUCUACCCACGCUCAUACGAUUUUCUCUUUUUCCCGCUUCUCGC